UGAACAGAAUAAGCAACUAACCAAUCUGUCUUUUGAAUUUGGUGAAUUCUCAAUUUUCAGAACCCGCCCAACAUUUACUGCUAUAAUUCUCACCAACAUGAUAUUCUCCAAAACGCACUCAAAACCAUAGGCUUUCUCUGUGUUUGGGUUUCUGAGAUCUUCUUCGGGUUUUAGAAUAGUUUAAGCUAUAUGGCUGCAUAUGAAUUGUGGAAGGAGAAGCUUCUCUUCUUCUGGGUUUUGCUCAUCUCUCUAUCCUCUUCUGCUGGUAGGAAGAUUGAACUUGAAGAGGCCAAGAAGCACUUGAGUAGGUUCAACAAAACUCCUCUCAAGACCAUUAAGAGCCCAGAUGGGGAUAUUAUUGACUGUGUUCCAGUCUCUCAGCAGCCAGCCUUUGAUCACCCUCUCCUCAAAAACCACACAAUUCAGAUGAAGCCUAGCUUCCACCCAGAGGGCUUGUUUGAUGAAAGCAAGGUGUCUACAAGUACAAAACCAAGGAGAUCCUCAAAGCCAGUUACUCAACUAUGGCACUUGAAAGGGGAAUGCCCAGAAGGCACCAUACCCAUAAGAAGAACAAAAAGGGAGGAUGUGUUGAGAGCAAGUUCUGUCCAAAAAUUUGGCAAGAAGCACCCAGGGAGCAUCUCACACACCCUGUUGUCUCCUGAUGAUGAUACUGACAACGGCAAGAGUCAUCAGCAUGCAAUAGCGUAUGUUGGGGGAGCAGACAACAUUUAUUUUGGAGCAAAAGCAACUAUAAAUGUUUGGAAACCCAGAAUACAGAAGGCUUCUCAUGAGUUCAGCCUGGCUCAGUUCUGGAUCUUGAGUGGUUCUUUUGGGCAGGAUCUCAACACAAUUGAAGCUGGUUGGCAGGUCAAUCCCAAUCUCUAUGGUGACAGCAGAACAAGGUUCUUCACGUACUGGACUAGUGACAAUUACCAAGCCACAGGCUGCUACAACUUGCUCUGCUCAGGCUUUAUUCAAAUCAACUCUAAGAUUGCACUGGGUGCAAGCAUAGAACCCAUUUCUGGCUAUGGCAGUUCCCAGUUUGACAUCUCCAUACUUGUUUGGAAGGAUGGAAUGAAUGGGCAUUGGUGGAUGCAAUUUGGGAAUGAGGUUAUACUGGGUUACUGGCCAGCUUUCAUAUUUUCACACUUGGUGAAGAGUGCUUCAAUGGUACAGUGGGGAGGGGAGGUGCUGAACUCAGGGGGAGAGGCAGGAGAUUACACUUCAACCCAAAUGGGGAGCGGGCAUUUUCCUGAUGAAGGUUAUGGGAAGGCUAGCUAUUUCAAGAACCUCCUUGUAGUUGAUGACUCCAACAAUCUCAUUUACCCUAAAGGCAUUUCCCCAUUCACUGACCAACACAAUUGUUAUGACAUCAAACUUGGCAAUGGCAUUGAUUGGGGUUUUUACUUUUACUUUGGAGGCCCUGGUGCCAAAAGCUCAGGCUGCCCACUCUGAACUCAAUCCAAUUGAAAGAACAGAUAGUCGACUUCUCAUUCUCUCUCUCUCUUUCUCAAGAGAUCAUUUCUCACUCUCUGUAUUCUUUGUUGUGGUGUCAAUGAAUUCAAUUUGUGGCAGUCUUGUAAUUAUUUUGAAAAUUGACAAUGAAAAAUAAAAACUAUUCUUUGCGUCUAAAAA